AUGCCGAACUUCAACGCGCACGGCCGUGACCCAAAUUGGGUUGAGCCAGAGGUGGAGCGGGUGCAGGAGUUCUUCGACAGCCUGUCGGAGAGAUACGUCCACGACGAGCCGCUGCUUAUCCAGGACACCACCAAGGAAGAGCUAGACUACAUCGCUGCCAAGGCGGCAGAAGCAACGCUCGCCAUGGAGGCCGGCAGCGCCAGCGCCAUCGAGGAUGAAGAUGGCGCGACUGCGGAGGACAAGGAGCUCGCCCAGUGGGCGGAGUCUGCCGGGGAGGGACACGGAGAUGCUGGCGCAGAGGGCGACGAAGAGAGCCAAGGCCUCGACGAGCGACAAGCCUCCGGCGGGUACUUUGAGAGAAGAACAGCAGCAGGAGGAGCCGUCAAGGGCCUCCCCCAACAUGCCGCCCCCUCGACCACGCCGUCCCGAGGAGCGUCCCCGGCAAGGGCAUCCACCCCUGAGUCCACGCCCAUGGAGGAGGAGAUGAACCUGGGUGCCAGUGGUUCCACCCCGGCAACAACCGUUGGCGAGGAGGGCGCCACUUCUUCCCAGCCCGGGGCAGCAAAGAUGUUGGUGCCGGCGCCCUAUAAGGCGCCGGAGAAGAAGGCCAAGGGGGUCCGAAGUGGCCCUCGUCGCAAGUGCGCUUCGGACGCGACGUCCGAAGAUGAGACCCGCUCCUCCGCUGCCGAGGAUGACGACGAUGAGGAGGAGGAGGAGGACAACCCUCCUCCUGAUGAGGGAAGGAAGAAGAGGGCAGCCUCCACGAACCUGGAGGCGUGGAUGCCCAAAAAGGGGAAUGGCUCUUUUGCGGACAAAUCCGCGUGGGACGUUGACAGCAGUCCGGAGCGACACCCCCGCACCAAGCCUCAAGCUGCUUCAUAA